AUGAAAAGGCUUAGUGCAAAACCAAUGCAAGUCACUGCUCGGGAUGCAUUCGUGGGUAUUCCACUAGUAUUUAACCUUUUAAAAGCUAAGAGAGAAGGGACCAUGGUAGACAUGACCAAGGAAAGAUACGAGGAAUUUGGAGUUGAUACUUUUGACUUCAGAAUAGCAGGGACGCAUGCCAUCGCGACCCGGGACCCUGAGAACAUCAAGGCCGUUUUGGCUACGCAGUUCAAUGAUUUUGUCUUAGGAAAAAGACAUGCUCAUUUCAAGCCGUUAUUGGGAGAUGGUAUUUUUACAUUAGAUGGGGCAGGAUGGAAGCACUCACGGGCGAUGUUGAGACCACAAUUUGCUCGGGAGCAGGUUGCGCAUGUAAAAGCGUUAGAGCCUCACUUACAGACACUUGCUAAACACAUCAUAAAUUCUAAGGGAGAAAGAUUCGAUAUCCAGCCGUUAUUUUUUAGAUUAACCAUUGACAGUGCUACGGAAUUUUUGUUUGGUGAAUCGGUGGAAAGCUUACAUGACGAGAGCGUUGGGCUUACUAGAGAUCCUGUUGACUUUGACGGUAAAUCUGGAUUUGCCGAUGCGUUUAAUAACUCUCAAGCAUGGUUAGCCUCAAGAGCCGUGAGCCAAAAUUUUUAUUUCCUCUUGAACGGAAAAGACUUCAAAGAUUCUAAUGCAAAUGUUCAUAAGUUUGCCGAUUAUUAUGUUAAUAAAGCUUUAGAGACCUCACCAGAAGAUUUAGAAAAAGCGUCGAGGGAUGGAUAUAUUUUCUUGUAUGAAUUAGUCAAACAAACUAGAGAUCCAGUUAUUUUAAGAGACCAAUUAUUGAAUAUAUUGUUAGCAGGAAGAGAUACUACAGCCGGCUUAUUGUCAUUCACAUUUUUUGAAUUAGCACGCAACCAAGACGUCUAUGACAAAUUAAAAGAGGAAAUAUAUAAAAAGUUCGGAGAGGGAGAAGAUUCCAGAGUUGAUGAGAUUACAUUUGAAUCGUUGAAGAAAUGUGAAUUCUUAAAAUGCGUCUUGAAUGAAAUUUUGAGGAUGUAUCCGUCAGUUCCUCAAAACUUCAGGUUCUCUAUUAAGAACACUACUUUGCCAAGAGGAGGUGGUCCCGAUGGAAAAUCGCCAAUUUUAAUUCCAAAGGGUCAGAACCUCCUUUAUUCUGUUUAUGCUACUCACAGAAACCCAAAAUUUUAUGGGAAGGAUGCAGAUGAAUUUAGACCUUCGAGAUGGUUAGAACCAGAGAUAAGAAAAGUGGGUUGGGCAUUCUUACCAUUUAACGGUGGCCCAAGAAUUUGCUUAGGCCAGCAGUUCGCACUAACAGAAGCUUCUUAUAUUAUUGUUAGGUUAAUACAAAUGUUUCCUAACUUGGGCAGUUUCUGUGAAGAAUAUCCUCCAAGGAAGAGUUCGCAUUUAACAAUGUGCCAUCAAGAUGGUGUGUUUAUUGGAAUGUCCUAA